GUCACAAAGGAAGCGUCUCGGCGCGAAUAACUUUACAACGCCGGUAACAGCACGCGCCCACUUCUACGUUGAUAACACACAAUGCUCGGCCAAACAGCUAUAUCUAUCUUUACAAAUUCAUCGCGCAAUCCGUCAUAUACUUGAAAAAACACAAGAAGUUCUCCAAUCGCUGCGCCGUAGAUUCAGCCUCAACCCAGAACGCCUCCCCCACCAUCACCAUCACCACUACGUACUAGGAUUAUCACCACAUAACCUACCUCAAACCACCACCAUGAACAACUCCAAAUACGCACCCAAAACCCCCGCCGAAAAACUCGCCGAAUCCAAGUCCGAAAAGCUCAAAAAAGACAAAGACCGCAUAACCCGGCUCCUCGUGCGUCUACAAUGGAAAGCCGAACUCCUCAUGCUCUCCUACCUCCGCACCCUCGACCUGCUGCAACGUCAAAACACCACCUUCACGCCCUCAAUGUUCCAACUCGACUUCUUCGAAUUCUACACAUUGCUCGAACGCUACAUAGUAUCUUUGCUCUCUCUAUUCCACAUCUCCAUUUCCUCGUCCCUCGCCGCCCCCGAACAGCGUCAAAACUUUAAUUACUUGCGCUACGAAACAAACCCCGAGUUGCGCCAAACAAGGCCAAUGGCUGACCACGCGUUCCAUGCUAAUCUUCUAGAAGCCCUGGAUGAUCCCGAGGGCCCUUUUAAGAAGUGUCUCGGGGAAGGAGAGGUGAGGGUGCAGUUGGGGAGGGCGAAGGAGUGUAGGAAUAUGUGGAAGGAUGCGGAUUGUAAGCAAGGGGGUGAAGGGGGGAGGGUGGGACUGCAGGAGUUGGGGGUUGAGGGCAUGUUGAGGGGGAUUUUGGGCGGGUGUGAGGAGGCAAGGGGUGUGGCGAUGGAGUAUCAGGGGGGUGAGGGUAAUGGUGCGGGUGUGACGAGUCGGGAAUUUGAAAAGAUAUAUGAGGCGGAGGGUAUGGAGGUUGAGGACGUGCCGUAUGAAUAUAUGGAUGAUGCGAUGGAUUUGGAUUAGAUGGUUGGAAAGGUUGGGCUGGGUGGUUUGUGUUGUAUAACAUUUUAGAGUUCUUUGUUCAUGUUCAAA